CUACAAGGGAGAAGAAACAAAAAAAAAAGACUAUCUGAAAAGAAGGAUGUCUGAAACAACAAGCACCAACAAGGAGAAGAAACCUCCUGUGAAUGGGAGAAGAGCUAUCCCAUUAAACAAUUCCAAUGAUGAAGAAAAUGAGGUCCCUGAGAUGGAGGCUUUUGCAGUGCUGCCUAGAGGAUUUAAUCCAAAAGAUUACCUGCGCGUUGUGGAUAUUCAUAUGUUCAAGGAGCCACAUGAGAUCAACAAGCAGCAGCACCACACUGACAAAUACUACAGCCCCAAGCUGAUAGUGCGUCGAGGACAGCCUUUCCAGAUCCAGAUUGACUUCAACCGACCCUACAAGCCAGAGGCAGACCAAUUCUGGCUGGAGUAUUUGAUAGGUCGCUACCCACAGCAAAACAAAGGCACCUACAUCCCGAUCCUACUAGGUGAUGUGCUGAAACCUGGUGAGUGGGGAGCCAAGAUUACCCACAAGGAGAACAACUCUGUUCACCUGUCCAUCAUGUCCUCUGCCACCUGCAUCGUUGGGAAGUUUCGCCUGUACGUUGCUGUCUGGACUCCCUUUGGCAUUCUCCGGACACAGAGAAACUCAACAACUGACACUUACAUCCUGUUCAAUCCCUGGUGCCAGUGGGAUGCUGUGUAUCUCGAUGAGGAGAAGGAAAGGGAAGAAUACGUCCUGAAUGAUGUUGGUAUUGUUUUCCAUGGAAACAUCAACGACAUAAGAUUAAGAAGCUGGAGUUAUGGUCAG